UUGCAAACGCUAUUAUUAAUAAUAGUAACUGUUAUAAUAUUCUUAUUCCAUAUACACAUAUCAACGGGACACCGACGCACGCAUGUACAAUGACGUCUGGGUCACCCGUGCCCACAGCUCGUGCAACUGUGUCACAGAUUCCUUCGACAUGCCGCCACUCGUCAUGGGCACGGUGUCUUCAUCGAUCGUCGCGAUUGGCGAAGUGUGGCGUCGCCGUCCGCGGUUGGACGGGUGGACUUGGUUGAGCUCGGCACAUCUUCGUUCGAUGUACAUGCCCACACCGGUCGCGAGGGUUUGCAGCGCUUUAAGUUGGGCGGCGGACGGCGCCUCCUGGAGCGGCUCAUGGCAUGCGACAUCGAUCGUGCCAAUGCAUUCCUUGUGCAGGGACGACGACACCAUCACUGGCACCGACACGUACGCGCCCGCGCGGUGCUCCACGGCGAGGGGAUGCGCGCGGAGGCGGGGGUCGUUCGACGUGUCCAGCACCACCAUGGGGAUGGGCUGGAGGAGGCCGUAUGUGCACGCUGCCUCUUCGCGGACAGUCGUGUUGGUCAUCUUGAACACACGGCUGUAGCCAGUGCAUGCGAUGUUGUACACGACGUCUUCGGCGACGAGGUGGAGGGACCCAAUGGGGGCGUUGUCGAGCACGCGCAUGGCAUCUGCGACGUGGUUGGCCAGGACGGGGUCGUGGAGGAGCGUGGGGAGGUGGGUGUCAAUAUCGAGGCGCCGGACGCAGUCGAGUCGCGAGCCCUCGUUGGGCGGACGGGGGGCCUUGGGAAACGGGUGGACCCAGUCAAAGUCAAGGUCAAGCGAGUCAGUCGGCCGACUACUCAAUUUGGUCGAGUACUGCACCAAGUCGUCGGUGUACUUGGCCGACACGCGGAGGCCGCCGUCUUCGAGGAAUGAAUCGACGCUGGAGGUUUCACUGGGGUAGCGGCUGCCGCGGAGAGUGUCUGUGUAACAGUAGACCGAGUGAUCUUCCGAAUCCUGAGUUGUCCGAGGGGUUAACGGCGUCAGUUGCCCCUUGUUGUUGGGAUGGUGGUUGUCGUGGGGUUGUGGAACUGGCAAGCAGGCUGUAGACUCCUCAGCCAAGUCCAGCAUGGGCACGGUGGUGGCAAUAAGGAGAUCGCCGCUGCAGUGGAGAUCGUUCUGGGAUCGAGUCUGGGCAUCAAGCACGCACUUCCAGCACACGCGCUUGAUCCACGUGGCCUUGAUGGUGCAGUCGCGGCAAACCACUCUGUUGCAGGUCGUGCACUUGUACUUCCAGUGGAACGCGUUGAAGCGGCGCAUGCAGCUCGCACAGGCUUUGGCGAGUCGGCGCUUUUUGCUCUCCGACCGGCCUCGCGUCAUGACGACAGAUUCGAAAUGACCGACAUGAGUGUCGUCCAAAAUUUUUCGAGGCAAACUGGAUCGUUCGUGUACCCAUUCUACUGUGAGUGUUCAGC